UAGUGUUGGUGUACUGGAAGAAGCAAGUGUUUCCUUUGGGUUCGCUGGCAGCUACGUUUGGUAGCAACACUCUGCCCAUAUAUUUGUUAAGUAACAGGCGUAAAACUCUCCUGCUAUCGCAAAUUAAUGUGGCAAAUCAGCUUGCGAGGUGAACGUAACCUUGUCUAAGAAGCAUCUUUACACCUAAUUAGAGCAGGAAACUACGGUGCCAUCCCCGAUGGAGGGAUCUUCCAAAGAAGGUGACCUCUUUACUGUGAAACACGAGCUGAAAAACGCCAACUUGACGGGCCAUAUAGAGAGGGUGGGCAUUGAAAACUUUGAACUAUUAAAGGUGCUGGGCACAGGAGCAUAUGGAAAAGUGUUCCUGGUGAGGAAAGUGAGUGGCCAUGAUGCGGGGAAGCUUUAUGCCAUGAAGGUUUUGAAGAAGGCCACCAUUGUACAAAAGGCAAAGACCGCCGAACAUACGCGGACCGAGCGACAAGUCCUGGAGCACAUUCGCCAGUCUCCAUUCCUCGUCACACUUCACUAUGCCUUCCAGACGGAUACCAAGCUGCACCUCAUUCUAGAUUAUGUGAACGGUGGGGAGCUCUUCACACAUUUGGUGCAAAGGGUGCGAUUUAAGGAACCAGAAGUGGCUUUGUACAGUGGAGAGAUUGUGUCGGCGCUAGAACAUCUACACAAGCUUGGGAUUGUUUACCGGGAUCUGAAACUUGAGAAUAUUUUGCUGGAUUCAAGUGGUCACAUAGUUCUCACAGACUUUGGCCUCAGUAAGGAAUUUGAUCAGGUGGAACGGGCAUUUUCUGUCUGUGGCACCAUUGAAUAUAUGGCUCCAGAAAUCGUGGAAGGAGGAGAGUCUGGACAUGACAAGGCGGUGGAUUGGUGGAGCCUCGGCGUGUUGAUGUAUGAGCUUUUGACUGGCGGAUCACCCUUCACUGUAGAUGGAAAUGAGAACUCUCACACAGACAUUGCUAAGAGGAUCUUAAAAAAGGAUCCUCCCUUCCCCAAAGACAUGGGACCUCUGGCCAAAGACCUCAUCCAGCGUCUCCUCGUGAAAGAUCCCAAGAAGAGAUUGGGCUCAGGUCCUAAUGGCGGGGAGAAUGUAAAGAAACAUCCGUUUUACCAGAAAAUAAACUGGGAGGACUUGGCAGCUAAGAAGGUCUCGGCCCCGUUUAAGCCAGUGAUUCGAGAUGAGCUGGAUGUUAGCAACUUUGCAGAGGAGUUCACAGAGAUGGACCCCACCUACUCCCCCGCAGCUCUGCCUCAGAACUGUGACCGCAUCUUUCAGGGCUACUCUUUCAUGGCCCCCUCCAUCCUGUUCAAGAGGAAUGUGGUGAUGGACGACCCCGUCCAGCUGUUUGGAGGCUCUGAGAGGCCGGGCUCUGCUGCGGUGGCCCGCAGCGCCAUGAUGAAGGACUCUCCUUUCUAUGUGAGUUAUGAGAUGGACCUGAAGGACAGUGCUUUAGGAGAGGGGAGCUUCUCCAUCUGCAGACGCUGCACACACAAGAAGACAGGGCAAAAAUACGCUGUCAAGAUUGUCAGCAAGAGGAUGGAGGCACAGACUCAACGGGAAAUGGCGGCCCUCAAGCUCUGUGAUGGCCACCCGAACAUUGUCAAGUUACAUGAAAUUUACCACGACCAGCUCCACACGUUCCUGGUUCUGGAGCUGCUCGGUGGAGGGGAGCUGCUGGAGAGGAUCCGCAGAAAGCAACAUUUCAGUGAAACAGAGGCCAGUCGCAUCAUGCGGAAACUGGUGUCGGCAGUCAGUCAUAUGCACGAUGUGGGUGUGGUGCACAGGGACCUUAAACCGGAGAACCUGCUCUUCACGGACGAGAGUGAGAACUCUGAGAUAAAAAUCAUAGACUUUGGCUUUGCUCGCCUCAAACCACCAGACAAUCAGCUCCUGAAGACUCCCUGCUUCACCCUGCAAUACGCAGCACCAGAGAUACUCAAGUAUGACGGCUAUGAUGAGUCCUGUGACCUGUGGAGUCUGGGGGUCAUUCUGUACACCAUGUUGUCCGGGCAGGUGCCUUUUCAGUGUCAGGAGAAGAGCCUGACCCACACCAGCGCUGAGGAGAUAAUGAAGAAAAUCAAACAGGGAGACUUCUCUUUUGAAGGCGAGGCCUGGAGGAAUGUGUCCCAGCAGGCAAAGGACCUGAUACAAGAGCUGUUGACCGUGGACCCAAACAAGAGGAUUAAGAUGUGUGGCCUACGUUACAACGCCUGGAUCCAGGACGACAGCCAGCUGUCCUGCAACCCGCUCAUGACCCCGGACAUUCUGGGCUCCUCCACUGCCUCCGUGCACACUUACGUCAAAGUUACUUUUAAUGCGUUUAACAAAUGUAAGCGAGAAGGUUUCCGCCUACAAACGGUGGACAAAGCGCCACUAGCCAAGAGGAGGAAGAUGAAAAAGACGAGUACCAGCACAGAGACCCGCAGCAGCUCCAGUGAGAGCACCCGGUCCUCGUCCUCCUCCUCCCAGUCACAAGAGAAGACGUUCCCAGAGGACAACACCAAGCCACAGCCUUCCAACAUCCCGCCCGUCAACACGCCCGUUGCCCUGGUAACCGACUCUGAGCACCGACCAGAGCAUCCAGCCUUUCACUUCUCAGAAGGAGAGUAAAAAAAAAAAAGGGCGAGAGUUUCAUGUCCCACAGGGAUGGCUUGGACCAGCAUAGAGACGUCUCUCUUUCCCUCCGUCCCUGGCAGUGCUCUGCAUCCGGCUCCAUUUGCAUGGGCGUCCGCACGUGUCCAAAGCCCCCAGCAUGCAGUGCGAGCAGCAACGACUGUCACCUCAAUAUCCUUCACUAGCAAUAGCCUGUACCCUGUUUUUCUUAUUUUGCCUCUCUCACUUUCACACACGCAGACUGUUUCAAUCAGGGACCGGACCAGGAAGAAGUCGUCACCAGUGUCCAAACUGGGAAAAGGGCUGCCCCACUCCCACUGCCCCGGGCCUAGACUGACAAAGGAGAGACGCGGCUCGCUCUCGGUCAGCCCAACGUACCUUGUUACCUUGUCGCUGUCCUUGCCUCCAGAGGUUCUAAAGGGAAAGUCGUAGUGUUUACAUCGUGGAUUCUUUGUAUUUUUUGGGGAGAAAAGAAAUACGUGACGUUGGUCCACUUCUCUGCACAAUAGAGCAGGUUGUUUAUAUGUGAACUUUACAGACAAUUUACAAGAUUUAUUUAUCAUUAGCUAUAUUGUUAAUUUAUUGAUGGUCAAUAUUGAUCUGAAAAGAAAUAAUGGAUAGUGUAAAAAAAAAAAAAUAUAUAUAUAUAUAAAAGAAAUACUGUUAGUCUAUGUGUUAUCCUAUCAGCUUAACAAAGACUGUUUCCAUGUUCUUUCAUAUUUAAUCAUCAGGCAUAAAGCUUCAAGUAGGCUACACAGUUCUGCAGAUGCAGUGAGACUUCUGUAAGCAAGAAGAGAUUAGCACCAUUUGCUGCUAGUUAGUGGUUGUCAAAUGUAUGUUACCAAAGUCCUUUGGACUUUUCUUAUGGAGGCUUUUAAGAUUUUUGGAUUGAACUGCAGCUAUUUCCAGUGGUCAAAAAAGUAACAUCCUUGUUCAUAAGGAUAAAAAAAGUAAACCUUUUUUUUAUAGGAUCAACCAAAUGUUGAUGUAAUGUGUUCAGCCAAAUGUGUGGUUUUAUAUUGCUGUAUGGGGAGUUCUGCAGCCUGAGGGGAUGUGACCCCACAAGAAGAGCUAUAUUUAGAUGUAUUUCUUCCCUCUGAUGUGCGAGUAUGACGAUGUCAAGAGUCAGCAUUGCUGCUGUUUCCACAUGGUUUGACCCUCAAACCUGUAUUUACCCAAGCAGUGGAUUUGCCUUGUGUGGAUCCAAUCAGCUUGGUGCGAGUUGUUGCGUCAAGGAAUUUAAGGGUUGCGUUUUCUGAGCUCCAAGAAGCCAAAGGGCGACUUCAGAUGAAACAAGAUCACAUUGUUUGAAAUUUGAUUUGCCAAAAAAUGCAAUUAAAUCAGGUAAUGGACAGGUUUGCGUACCCAAGUUUAGGGUGUGAUGCAUUAGGACAUUAAAUGCAAUAUAGUGCAGAAGGAAAGGAAAAAAGGAAAGGAAAAAAAAAUUGCCUAUUGUGUCAGUGCCCAAAGUUUUAAACCUACUGCAAAACAUGUACCCUUUAGUCCCUGAGGACCGACCGUACUUUUGACACCAUCCUUGCUCUAUUUACCAUGUUGUACUGCAUGACUGAAAUGGUGAUCUUUGCACUGUGUGACAGCUCUCAUGUUGAGGUCGAUAUCUGGUUGGUAUUUGCUCCCAAGUGCAUGAUGUAAACAGAAACAUCAACCUCUACUUUCACUGUUUUUCGGGGUGUUCAAGUUCUCACUUGAUGUAAUGUGCGUUUGUUUACUUGCACAUUUAAAUAUGUCAGAUUUAAUUUUGGACUGUGAGGUUUUACUGUUUGAGGUGUUUUAACACCAAAACCCCUCUUUACAACUGCUUGUAUAUUGUACUGUUCUGGUGGUUCAGCAGAGCUACAACAGGAAAUGCUGUGCUCUGUUAAACGCAAGUAUGUGUUCGUCUGUUUUCAUGAGGAUUUGGGAAAUACUGUUGUGUUCUGUUUAUAUGUAGAGGUAUUUGGGUUCAGGCCGUGAAACGCAGUUUCUCCUGAUUAAUCGGGAUCCAACCUCUAGUUGUGCGUUUGACUACACUCUCUCAUCUUCUUCCAUUUAAUGCACUCUGAAUUUGAACCAAAGCAUUAACUUCAAGGUAGCUGCAUGAGAUGUUUCUUUCAUGCAAAUAUGCAAAGAGAUGCUUCAUAUUCAUCAAGGAUUCCGUUUGUUUAGUCCAACUGAUGAAAUUAUUGAGUUUUAUUUAGUGUGUUUUUUUUGGUGAAGAGAUUAUAGGAUUUGAAUUAUCCAUAUCCAGCACAUAAUUAUGCUUAAAACUAUGCAUCAAAUGUCACUAUUUGUGUUGCUUUGGCCACUUAACAUUGUGUGUAAAGGGCACCAUGACCAUACGCUGUAUUUUCCCCUCAUAGCAUCGGCCACAAUAGAAAUAGCAAAGUAGAGUCCGUUGGCGUUUGAAUCCUUGGAGCUGAACACUACAAAGCUCUUGUCUGACUUAGUUCGCAUGAGUUCCCCGUCUCUGCCUCAUUAAGCCUCUUCUCUCUUGUUUGGGUGUAUUAAUAGCUCAAGAGGAGGAAGAGGCAAAGUGGCCUAUAUUGAGCUCCGCUCUGGGAGCCGGGCGCUAUCAGCUCGUGUGCUGCAGGGCUGUUUGUUCCAAAGAAAAUCGCGUAGGCGCAGACCGUCUCUGUGGGACCCAGCUCGCUUUCCUUCGUAGGGACAAUGACACCGUAUCACAGGAAAGGGUUACUUUAGUACAAACGUCUCGAGAAGCCACAUUCUUUUUAAACUAGGUUUCCACCCUUGAACAAAGAACAAAAAAAUGUUUAGAUUUGGUGUCCCAUUGGCUCUAUAUUUUUGUUUUAUUGGUUCCCUGGGAAUUAAAUGAAAGUUCACUGUUCUGGAAACAGUGCUUCAUCCUUUUCUGCUUUUAUCCGUGUCUCCAACCUGCUAUUCUAAACCGUUUGUACCCUUCUGAAGUUAGUUUGGAUCCAUAGGAUCUGGGGAACUUCUUACCGCUGUCAGUCGUGUGUGAGCCCGGUGUUGGUACCGAAGCCCAGUGUGUCAUCUUGUGUUCUUUGUGACGAUGCUGCGGCUGUGAGAUCCGAUGGAGCUGUCCGCGGUACUGAAGCCACCAAACCUUUACUGCAUGUGUGGAAAAGGUCAUCGAAAGCAUUUUAUGAAGGAAUCUGAUCAAAUGAGGUGUAGUACAAGUCAAACGUUUGGAUUCACGUUCUCAUUCAAUUGACUGAGUUCCAAUGAAAAACAGUUCACACUAUGUUUUGUGGAUUAUCAAAACUGAUAAUUAUGGAAAUUAUAAAUGGCAGUUUCAAAAGUAAUAAUUGCAAUUCUGAUGGCCACUUGAAACCAAAGGUACAACAUCCGUCUUGGAAAUUGGCUGAAAAGACUCUUAAAUGAUCCAGGUUAACUUGCGCCUUCCAGAGAGGUCGUCAACACAAUCGGCUACAGAAGGGCACGUUUGUCUUGCUCAGAGACACUUCAGCAGCUACGUUGGGGCUUGAACGUGUAUUUAUUAGGGUCACUCAGCCCGGUGUUACUGUUAACAGAUACGUGCGAGAAAGUUUUACUGUUUCGCCUCAAAGACGGAAACAUUGAUCAUUUGAUGUACAAAGGUUUGACAUUCAGUCCUCAAGCCAACUUGUCCCUUUCGACAUGAUCACCAUCGUCUUCGUCACGUAUGUGCCAAUGCUUGAUUUCUGACUAUUUUUCUCUUUCCAUCAACUCUAAUCAUAUUCUUGUCAUGUUGUUUACUGAAGCGUGUCAACAGGUACUGUAGCAGUAAUUCCCUUUGAGAUUGGUUGGUAUUAAACUGUUAAAAAAAACACAAUCAAGCUUUAAAAGGCAAAACUUUGCACUUGCAUUUUUAUCAUGCAAUUGGUUUUUGUAAAAAGAGCAAAAAUUCUUAAUUUUGUACCGGUUCAGAUGUUUAACUUAUCCAUUCGUGUGUUUUUGUUCUUUGCUGUGGGCCAACACAUCUGAGCCCAAAAUAUAAACCUCAACAACGAAUAGUACUUUUACUGCGAGGACCCCCCCCCCCCCCCCCCCGUGCACACCUGCUUUCUUAGGACACUGUGAACUUCAUCAUUCACACCAUUGACAUUCUGAGGAAGAAAACUUUGAUUUGCUUCAGUAAAGGCUUUACUUAGUGGCUGAAUACGUCUUUACAUUUAAUAACCUGGAACCAGACAGAAUGAGUCUUUUAAUAGAUAUUUGGUAAGUGUAUUACUGAAGAUAUUUUGUGAUACCAGGAUUUGUGUGUAUGAGAGGUCAGAAUGACAAUAAAUGUACGAUGUCCUGUCCAUUUAUUGGUCUUUACUAUUAAAGUAGGUACAACUACAACGGUUUUAUAUUUAAAAAUGCUAUUCAAGGCCGGUUAGGACCAUGGGAACUUUAGUUCAACAAGCAGCCUCUAGAUGGCAGUGUUUAAUAAAGUGCUUCUCAAAGAACACUUUCCUGUGCAGCAUGACCUCCUUUCUGAGUUUACGAUGUAUUCAUAGAUUAGUAAAAUAUUAGAUUGUGUGUUAGAUUAUGCUUCCAAAGCAAAAUGCAAUUAGUCACUCUGUCUGGCCGGAUUAGAGUGUAGUCCGUAUGUACCUGGGUGAAUAAAUGCAUAUGUAUAACCAAACUAAGAUGUCUUUAAAAAGUGAUCUGUAAUGUAGAUGUCCAGUCAUAUUAUUUUUGUGCUCUGAUUAGAAGAAUGAUGUGCCGUGUGGAUCUGACAAAAGGUUUCAAGUCUCUUUUAAAAAGCCCGGUUAAGAUGAACCAAAAUGUGAUAUUGUGUUGACAACUAAACAAGUGUGAGACACUUCAGAGCACUAAGUGAACUCUGCUGACAGGAGGCUUCUAGAUAACCUUUAAAGUACCCAUAGAGAGCAGUGUUUGUAGAUUUGUCCUGUUUAGUUUAGCAAGUUAGGGUUGUAUGUAUCCUUUUAGAAAAGAUUCAACUGUCACAUGUUGCAAUAAAAAUAUGAUCUAAUAUUACUAUUAGAUUCUAUUCUCCAA